AAAGGAUAGGGUCCCAGAAGCGAGUAGAAGCCUCACACACACAUACACACACUCACUCACAGAGACGCUCAUGUAGGCUCCCUCUGUUUUACUUUGUGGAAUAGUAGUGGAUUACUUUCCAAAUUGAGCCACUCAUUGAGCAGAGCAUGAUCAGUUGGCAGCGUGUCGGAGCAGCGUUGAAGUGUGAGAUGAACCAUGGAGGGGUGCAGGAGGCCAGUCACUAACCGAGCCAGCAGCAGCCUCACAACCACCACCGCCAGCAGCAGCAGGAGAAGCAGUAGCCCAGGGAAGUCCCGGAGCAUGCAGCUGGGCUCUCACUAGCACCAAGUGGACCCAGUCCUCUCCUCUUCACCUGGGGGCCAGGGCUGCAGAAUGCUCAGUCCUGUCACCCCUUACAGUCUGUUGAAGAUGCACUGGUCUCCGGAGCACGCUGCCCCCUUAUCUCAGUGGCCUGAGCAGCACCUUGAUGUCACCUCCACCACCUCGCCCCCGUCUGCCCACAAACACGAUCCCUACGCUACAGCGGCUCGCCGUGGCUACGGCCCCACAGGUUACCCUUGGGCCAGUGAUGACAUAUCAGCCCUAACUGCUUCUUCUCUGCUGAAGCGCUAUGCAGAGAAAUACUCUGGCCUGGAGCUGUCCUACGACCGCCCCCCUCCUGGGCCCUACUCAGAGCCUGGACCCUUCCUGAAAACUGAACCUGAGGCCUGGGCUCUGGGUCAGAGCAUGGAGUGUUACCCUGGACUAGAGGCACUAACUGGCACCAAGGUGGGUUCUGCCUCUGUGGGCAUCCCAGCCACAGGAAGUGUAACAAUCGUGAGCAGCAACUUGGCAUCUGAGCCAAGUUACAGUGGCACUAGCUCCUGCAAUGCCCCGUCAUCUCAAGAAUACCCUCCUGCCUACAACAGCACCUACCUGUCCUCAGGAUACUGCCCUCCGCCCAGUGCAGCACUUCCCCCUGCCACGCUACACUCUCUGCAGUCCACACCCACUCUAGUGCCCAGCUACAGCGCCAGCACUCCUGUCUACAACUACCCUCCUGGGUGCUACCCCCAAACCAGCCUGUCCUCUGGAUACAGCCACCCCAGUGCCUCCUACUUGCCCUCUGGGAUAAGUGCCCCGACUCCUCUGGCCCCUCGGCCCACCAUGUUGGGGGGGAGUUACAGCUACGCGUCUCACAGCCUUGGAGGAAGCUCCGAGGCAGGAGCCCCACUGAAACGCAAGGCUUUUGAGAUGGAGGAAGGACAGGAGGGAGCAGAGGUGGAGGGAUCACGCUACAGAAAGUACAGCAACGGAAACAGUCACAGCAAAGGCCACGGUAACGGCUACGAUAUGAGCGGCCCCGCCUCAGAUCCACAGGCCUACAAACCCGGAAAGCCUCUGAUGUCGCCACCGUAUGGCGGGGCAGGGGACUACAGCCCACCGUCGGGCCUCGCAGGAGAGAGUGUAUCAGCGGAGCACAACUUUCCUCAGCAGCAGCAGCAGAGAAUGUCUAUGAAGAUACCUGCCCCACACACUCGAUCUGAGGAUCCAGUUGGAGGCCGCUGACACACUCUGCCGCUAUUGGAGAGGAUUCCCUCGCUCUUAUAAAGCAACCAGAGUUAUUAAUAAAGGCAUAUCUGGGGGAAUGGCAUUAAUUAGAUUUAUCAACGAAAGGUUUCAUUUCACUACAAACACAAGAUGGCACAAGACAUCAGGUAUUUCCUGUGCGUCUUUUUUUUUUUUUUUCAUCACUCAUGUUUUUUCCAAAGAUUCACAGGGGCCUUUAGCCCCUGUAAGGUUGAGGUAAGUCUUAGGGGUGAGGUCGAGGCAUUCGCUAUAUGGAUAUUAUUAAGACAGUCUAUAUGUGUGAGUGUCUGUUUCUCUCAGGAUCCUAUUUAUUUCCUUUCUGCUACUGUGGCAACAUCACUGCAAUGUUGCAGAUUUUGAAGUCAGUGUAAUUAUUUGUGGCCGUUAUGUGUGUGUGACAGCCUUUGACUGCAAUAUGUUCUACCACAGCACAGAAAGAAAAAUCAUUUCUGACCAAAAAAAGGAGAGCAAUAACUGAAAUGGUUAGAUUGCCAAAUGUCUUCAGCACAAUCACUGCUACUUUACACAGCUCACUACACGGCCUGUGCCACUCGAGAAAUGAAUGUUUCCCUGCUUUUUCCCGUUCACAUAUUCUUAAACUUUAUUUUUCAGUUUCCUUCACUUCUUUCUUCUCUGUUUUGCUGCCUCCUGCUCACAAUCUCUUUCACUGCUCAACAACUUUUGUCUUUGUCCAGUUUAAGCAUGCCCAGCUGCUCAUCAAACCAUCACAUGAUAGCAUACAUGAAGACGCCCUUAAACAUGUUUUCACCCAAGGAAAGAAUGGAGAAAUAAUCUAAAUAUAAAUGUUAAUCUUAAAAUGUUUUGGUUUUUUUGCACUCACACAAUGACAUCAUACGGAUUUAUGCAGAUCAUGUGUUGUUUACGUGCAGAUUUCUAAAACCAACGGUUGUGUCUCAAUGAUAAUACCUGUUCCAGUUUAUGCAUCAACUUAACCAAAAAACCAACUAGACAGGCACUCAGUAGAGCAUCCUACACACGAUUGUCUAGUUCCUAUAGUAGAAAUAUAAAAAGAAAGAAGGAGGUCAGAUAACCUUAAUAUCAUAAUUAUAGUGAAAAUGAAAAAUGUAUUUAAAGCUUGGUGUUGGUAAUCCUGGAAAAGGUAGCAGGAGACUUUACAUAUGGAUGGCUAUGGGGGCAUAAAGUGGAUUUCAACAAAAAAAGAUUUAAAUUGUUUGAGGAACAAAUCACCAACUCUACCUUUAAACCACAUCUGCACCGAACCCAUUGAUUUAGUACACACAGGAAAAUUGUGAUCUUGGUGGAGGUAUUACCACGCUUAAGUCUGCUUUCUGCUGAAAUUCACUUUGAAGGUGUACGAGCCUGUUUGAUGCAGAUUUCUGUAAAUGUGUCUGGGUGAGAACAUCCAACAACUUUCUUUGUGAAGAUCAACCAGCUUGUCCUCUUGGAUUUGCUUCUUCUUUUUGUUUCUAAAUAUGCAUUCUCUUUACCUUUGCCUCUGAAAGGAUGAUUUAUAGUUGUGUUAUUGAAUACUCAGGAAGAAUAUUGUUACCUCAGAAUGAUAAAAUAAGAAUGUAUGUUAUUACCUUUGGGUGUUUGUAAGGAGCUUUAUGGAGCAAGAUGAAAAUGGAGCCAUGGCUUUGUCAAAGAGAAAAAGAUACUCUGAACACUUCAGGGAAAUAAUGAACUUACAAGGCCUUUGAUACAAACAGUAGACUAUACACACACACACACACAUGCACGCACACACACACAUGCACACACACAUGCACGCACACACACGCUGCUUCGUAGCUCUGGGGGAAUUAAACUCGAGGUUUUUGUACCAAGGCCUGAAAUGUUGAAUGUAAUUCAGAUAUAAUGUACAUCGAUUUAUGUUUUUAGAUAUAUGAAACAUAUUUUCUUCUUGUAUAGAUGUAAUUCUCUUCUAGGUUUUUGAUGGAGCAAUGAAUAACAUGUUAAGUGUUAGUGUAGUUAGCAGUGGGGAAAUGGUUUUGUGGACAAAAAAAAAAAGUCAAAUCAAAGCACUCCUGAUAGACGACAUUCAACAUAUCAAGACACACGCUCGUCAGUAUGUAACAUGCUCUAUAACAGGUAUCUUCAAUUAUUGUCUUAAUACAGUGUCCAGCUUCAAUUGCCCAUGUCAGUAUUGUUUCAAUCAGCGUGAAUUUAGCUUUAAUGUGAAUUAACACCAUGAAGAAAGUAGAAGUUAAUUGUGACGGAUGUGCACUGUCAGAAAAAAAGUAGUCACAACUUAAAAUCCUUUCUUUGAGUCUGUGCUGUUUGAUCCCAUCAUGACUUGUGCCAUACCGUUGUAUUUUGUUAAGAGAAGCCCCUUGGAGGCUUAAACAAAACCAAAAUCCUGCCUAAAUGCAUGACUCCCCUUUUAAUAGUAAGAUUUUUUUAGCCUGAGAUGCAACUUCAGAUUUUAGUCUGAAAACCAGUGUGGUGAAAAAAGUACUUUAAUGCCUCUUUUUGGAAAUAUAAGCACGUUCAUUAACGAAAUUUAAACUUAAUCAGAGGGUUAAACUGAAUUUGCUUCAAAUUAUGCCGAGGAAGAAAAAUGACAGAUGAAUAAUAAUGUUAAGCAUAUAAUAUUGUAUUCUUAACCCCAGAUUUUGAAAUUGUUUAAGCGCUUAGCUUCAACAAUUGAAUGCUCUUCAAUACCACACAGAGAAUGUGCUCUACAUUAACCCACGCGCUGCGACAGACGACUGAUUAUUCGCUGUUUAUUCAUGGAAGUAUGUGGAGUUGAGUUUGUCCACAAGAUCAAGAAAUGGGAUUUCAGUGUUAUGACGUUUGUGAUUCAGUUGUUCUUUUGUUGUAUCUUGUACAUUUUCUGUAACCACUUCUACCUCAUUCUGAAGACGAACAUUGAAAUAUUUAUUUCAUGUCAUUUCACUAACCAGUUUUAAGGAGCAAUGUUUCGAAUUCUUGACCUGUUCUAGUCUACCUCACUAAAGACUGUUGUGUCAUGGAAAUGAAGAUAUACCAAAAAAUC